ACAAAUAAAAUGGCUGCCCCUCUUCCGACAGAAGAACUCCUCCAAAUUGCGAACAGCGCUGCUGAUUCCGCAUUCGGCUCCGCAGAGAAAUAUGACCACUCUCAGGUAGCUGGAUGGAACACGCAUAUCAUUUCGCUCAUCGAGAAGACCACCCCCGGAGAGGGCAAGUCCCCCGCCUACAAGUACGUCGUCGGCAGCACCGUCAUCCAGCACCUAGGCUCCCCCGAGGACACCAACUCUGGCCGCCGCGGUAUGCACAGCGCUGUCGGUGCCUUCUGGAAUGCCGAGAAGGAUGGAACAUACAGCGUCAAGUGGGAAGGUGGCGAGAAGAAGGGCGUCGAUGUCGUUAUCACCAUCACUUGGAUUGCCUUGUAG